UUUGACGUUCGAACACGCGCGUAACAGUUCGUAACAGCGCGCCGCAAAAAAUCGCGAGCACAAUCACAACAUCCGGCGCGGAGGAACGGAAACGCAUAGUUUUUCCGCUUUGUAUUUUUACUAUUUUUUUCCUUGGUCAAUUAUCGACGGUCUUUAAUUUUUUCCGUUGGUUUUUCUUGUGAAAUGUGACCCAUAUUAUUUUGUUCCGUUUGCGUUGUUUUUAGUUGUGGAUUUAUCAGUGUGAACAUGAACGCGAGGGAUACCUGCAGGGAUGACAGUUGGGAAGAUUUUUUCGGAUCAUCACCAGACCUGAUGCCCAGUAUCAUGGGAGCGUUCGACGCGUACCUCACCCAAAAGAAACAGCGCGACCACAACCCUGAGGAGGACACCCAUCAGUUCAAAACGUCCACGCAAACCAGAAGAUCUCACCAGCUCAACAACUUCGCCCACCUCUCGCCCUGCGUGCAGAAGAUCCUGAGCCACGUGCCCGAGCAGGAGAUCAGCAAGAAGUUCAGCUCCGAAGAGACUCUGAUCUCCAAGAGGAACAGGAUGGGGUAUAGGAGUCUCAGAGGCACUGAGAAAAUGAAUAUUUUGAACAAGAGUAACGAGAGUUUAGAUUUAUCCCCAGGUGUUCACAAGCUUCUGUCCAACCUUCAAGAUUCGGAACUGGUGAUCAGCGCGACUAACCUUCACGUGCGGACGUUGACGUCCAACGAUUCCUAUCUCCAUUCGCUGGAAAAUCGGCCGAAAAAUGCCACUCUCGACCGCCAACCGUCCUCGCUGAUCGUCGAAACGUCCACGAUCUGCGAAUCGGAGACAAAACUAGGGGAAGACGAGGUAAAAACGCCCCUCGAUCAGUGCGGAAACUACGUUCCCCUAGGCAGCUACCUGCAUUCGGGGAAGGGGAUAGCUUCCAGGAUGCCUGUAGGCAGGAAACAAAUGGGAAAAUACCUUCAGGUGCCUAGCGAGAGUUCUGGAGUUAGUGCGAGUACCAGCAGUCCAACUUCAUCCUCGGAAGUCUCCAGGCCUGUUUCCAUGACCAGUCUGGCCUCUUCUUCUUCGGAAAGCAGCGGGGGACAUCCCCAACCCUGUUCAGCUUACCUGGCUUCGGUGGAAAGUCUGGACAGCGACCCUGAACCUGGAGGAAGUCAAGGCUCCGCAGAUAGUGGCAUCGCCGAGCAGGAGCAAAUUCCGAUCAAGCCCGAGCAGAGGGUACUGCAGGAAGUGCUGGACACUGAAACGGUUUACGUUGCCGAUCUCAAUGAAGUCAUAACGGGCUAUCUAAUUCCAUGGCGUAACGACCCUUUGUGUCCACUGGCUCACUGUUUGACCGAUCUCUUUAGUAACAUAGAAGAAAUUUGCAAGUUCAACAGAGAAAUAUUAGAAGAUAUUCGUAGAGCAAAUUUAGACCCCAGCAAAACGGCGAACGUCUUUCUGCAGCACGACGCAGGUUUCAGGGUAUACAACGAGUACUGCGCGAACUACCCCCGUACCAUGGAGGUACUCAGCGAGUUGCAGAAAGACGAACACAUGGCACCACUGUUCAGGGAGAAGCAACAGCAUUUGCGGCACGCUUUACCUCUUGGCAGUUAUUUGUUGAAGCCUGUACAGAGGAUUUUAAAGUACCACCUUCUUUUACAGAGAUUGUCGAAACAAUGCGAAGGCAAUCACAAAUCAACGGUUGAUUUAGCACUGGCCACAAUGACCGCUGUUGCUUCUGAAAUCAACAACAUGAAAAAGAAGCAUGAAUACGCUGUCAGAGUUCAGGAGAUCCAAUCUCAGCUCUAUGGUUGGACAGGACCGGACUUAACAACCCUGGGAGAACUGAUUGCGGAGGGUAGUUUUAGGGUGCAGGGUGCUAGGGGAAGAAGACAUGUUUUUCUUUUUGAAAAAGUACUACUUCUGGCCAAAACCAAGACCGCCGGGGCCCUAGCUUACAAAACUCAUAUUGAGUGUUCUAAUUUGAUGCUAGUGGAACAGGUCAGAUCAGAUCCCCUAGCGUUUCAAGUUCUACCUUUUGACAACCCUAGACAGCAGUGCACACUAAGAGCCAGAUCUACACAUCACAAAAGAGAAUGGACACUGCAAAUAAAACGAGUUAUCUUGGAAAAUUACAGUGCUGUCAUUCCGAAUCACGCUAGGCAGUUAGUUAUGCAACUGGGGCAAGACGUCACGGAGACUGAAGAUGCGUCUGAGAAAUGGUCACCGUUGAAGCACAAUUCACCUACGCCGCAUUAUUUGGAGAGAAGGUCCAGAAGAAAGACGCAGGAGCUGAUGAAGGACCAAAGAUCGGCUUCGCAGGACAGGAUGUUUCCCGCUUUGGGUAGCUGGCGACGGAAAUCUGAACCCAGCAUGAUUCCACAAGUGUACGAUUCGAAAACCGUCCCGAAAAAAAUCUCCAAACUGAAGAAAACCAAGGAAACUGGCAGCUCCACCUUCUACACGGACAUCUCCGACGUAGACCAAAAUGGCGAUCCCCCCAUCUCCGACACCGAUACCGUCCACACGGAGGAGGAUUCCCCCCAUUCCCGAGACACCGUCGACCAUUCCCCCCACACGUACGGCCACGACAUCAAGCAAAUCGUGUCGGAUUUGCUGAUGCAAAACGAGGAUUUCAAAAAGGUGCUGAACAGGGAACACACCAGGCAUCCCAGAAGGAAUAUUAAUAGCGAACCUGGACCGUUGUGGUACUACGAGGAGAGGUUGGAGUUGCCCAACAAGGCCGAUUCGUUGCCUAGGUCGUUCCAGUUGAACGAGCCGACGGAGGAGGGGGAGGAAAGAGGGAGGAAUGAAGGAAGGAGGGUUGGAGAGAGUAGUAAACUGAACGGGUGUCGGACAGAAGGAGAAUUAUCGUCUCAAAUGACCGACUCCUCCGACUACCCCGAGCACAAAAUCUACCGAAAAUCCGCCAUCCGCACCAGCCUACUUCAACGCAUCCGCACCCUGAUCUCCGAGGACCAGAAACGCCCAGCUAGGCAUGUUGCGCACGACACCAACAAAGCCACCGGUGAAAAACUGGCCAAUCCCGACUACGUCGACCCCCAAAAACUUUUUAUCGCCUCCAGAACGAACAGCGAGCUCAACAUCUCCUCUGAAUCUAGUCAUACCGCAGAAAAAAACCGCCUGUAUCGAACGUCACCCUCUGACAGUUACUAUGAAUCGAUCUUGGACAAUUCUCUGACGGAGGAAUACGUUAGGGACAAGACUACAGGGAAAAUGGUGGUGAAAUCGGAUAGUUUUAACAGUUCAGAACGCGUGAGUUUCGCGAGGCCUGGAAGGGUUCCUCCUCCAAUACCUGCGAAGCCUUUGAGGUUAACAAUGUCGAAACCGAGGACCAGUAGCAAUCAAAUUACGUCACAAAGUAGUAUUUUAAAUGAUAAUGAUAAGGGUAAUAGUAGAGAAAAAAGCCUGAAAGUGCCGCAGAAGACUGUGAAUGGAGGCAGCUCAACUAGUUGGGUGAAGUCUAUGGUGGAUAGGUUUGAAUGACAUGAAAUUUUUUGACCACAGAAUUGAGAAGGUUAUAGUGGAUAUGUUUGUUUAAUUAUUCUGCGUUAUGACCCUAGAUCAUAUUAUAUACUUACGUGGAUAAGUAAAUAACUUCGGAAACUGUCGCAAACAUAUCAACGAUUUCCAUUUAUCUUCUUUUUUUGUUGCACACGCAGUGCUUCUCUCUGUCUAUCCUUGUCGAGGACCUAUAUCGUCCACGCGCCAAAUUUGAACAUAUAAUAUUCAAGUAAUGUCGCAUAUAUACAUUGAAUAUAAAAUUUUAUAAAUUUAAUUUGUAAAAUGCAUAUAUAUUUGAAUAAUAAAUUGUAUGUCUGUCACAAAAAUUAAAUUAAGUAGGUAUAUAAAAAAAACAUUUAGCCACUCCGUACCAAUAGCAAUAUUCUUAGGAAAUCUAACUAGAAAGUAUGCAUGUGGUUUAAUAUAAGGAGAAGAACAACUGAAUAUGAAAAGGUAAUUCGGGGACCUUUUUUAAAACUUCAACACACCAAACACUUUCUAGUCAUUUUUACGAGUAUUUAGAAAGUCCAACGGAAAAAAAAGAAAUAUAAUUUCAAAAACUUAAAAUUAACUUUUCACUGAACACACUUUUGCAUCCUUGGCUAUAUAAAAGUAGCCGAUAAAAGAGUAAUUAAUACAAUUUUUAUAAUAAAAAACACAAAAAACAAACGUCGUUACACAAUGAAAAUAAGAUUGACAAGAUUAUGACAAUAUAAUGACAAUAAAAAGUUUGUUUCCAUAACAAUGUAUAAUUUGUACCAUAGAUAUAAAAGAAAAUAAUCUACUAUUAAGAUAGAUAUGAAACU